AUGAACGCCUUCCUGCUAUCCACUCUGUGUCUCCUGGGGGCCUGGGCUGCCCUGGCAGGAGGAGUCACUGUGCAGGAUGGAAAGUUUUCCUUUCCUCUGGAAUCUGUGAAGAAGCUCAAGGACUUCCAGAAGCCCCAGGUGUCCAGCAUUGAGAACCCCAGGACGCUUGGCAGACCCUUGGUUCCCAGCCUCUGUAGGGACCCUAACUUCCCCAAAGAACUCAAGCCUGUCUGCAAGGAGCCCAACGCCCAAGAGAUCCUUCAAAGACUGGAGGCCAUUGCUGAGGACCCGAGUUCCUGCGAGAUCUGCGCCUACGCCGCCUGUGCCGGAUGCUAG